AUGCCAUGCGAUUCAUGGUAUGCGCCUUCUACGAAGCCGGAUCAUGACCCCUUUCUGUUGUUCCCGCAAUAUCAGUAUAGACCACUUCCGGAUGGCGACUAUAUUCGAGUCUUGAUUCUAGAGCCGGGUUGCGGCAACGAGCCACUCGUCUGCAGCUUGAAGGCGACCGACCUAUCAGAUACCGAAACCCGCAUCGAGUACGAAGCAGUCUCCUACGCCUGGGGCUCCGGUACGAAGGACCAGGCCCUUCUUGUCAACAAUAGCCUUUGUAUCAUCACACGAAACCUCAGAAGAGCUCUGGAGCAGACUCGAUAUACGGAUAAGCAGCGCAGGUUAUGGGCCGACUCCAUCUGCAUCAAUCAACAUGACCUUGCCGAGAAGGGCCAUCAAGUCGGCCUCAUGGCACGAAUUUAUUCCGAGUCGAGCUGCGCAUUGAUAUGCAUGGGCUCAGCCGUUGCACAUCGAGCCGCCGCUAUUGAACUGUCUGGCUUAGUCUCCGAUGUCAAUCAUAUGAUAUGGAAAUCAGUCGGCCGGCUCCUUAGCCUUCCUUGGUUCAGAAGAGGAUGGGUUGUUCAAGAAGCUGCA